AUGGAGGCCGCUGGUCUUGCCUCUAGUAUCCUGACAUUCAUCGACAUUUCCUUCAAGAUCGUCAAAGGCGCCCAUGAGCUCUACAGGUCCGCUUCCGGUUCGACGUCAGAAAACGAGCACAUCGCCAACGUUGUCCUGGAUCUGGAGAAAGCUUCUGGCUAUUUGAGCAUCGCUCAGUCAGGAAAUAACGAUCCAGGACUUCAGAGCCUGUUGGUUCAGUGUCAAAGCUUAUCAUGCGAUUUACUCGAGCUUCUGGAUAAGCUUCGAGUCAAAGACAAGACUCUCUUCAAAAGCUUUGCUGCUGCCUUUGCAAAUGCUCGCAAGCAAAAGGACAUUGCCUCGAUCGAACAUCGUCUGGAUCGAUACAGGCAGCAGGUUUUGCUUCGUCUCAGCCUUCUUUUCUGUCAAAGUCAAGCACCGAUUCGCGCGCAGCUCGAGGCUAUCCGAAAAGAAAGCAACCGAUUCGAGAAUAAGCAUGCGUCGGAAUUGGAAAGGAUGCACGCCAAAUUGGAAGAGAUUAUAAAAGCUUUGAGGAGCCAGCAAACCGAUGCAAGGCCGGAUGCCACCCGUGACCCGACAGAAGAGUCGGGUCAGAUCCCCAAUGUUCUCAAAUCUCGUGAAACAGGGAUAGAUUCAAGAGCAUUCGAUAUAACUGUGGGAGGUGAGGCAUUCCGGCUAAUCUCCCAAAGACUAGAUGUAUCGGGCGGCCUUGCGGAUCUUGCCAACAUCUUGAGCGGGCUGAAGCCGUUGUUUGAUGCUAUACAGAACGAGAACAGCAUCCUCAGCUUCUUAUACUUUGAUGAAAUGUUUCGUAGAGAGGAUACUGUACGAGACGCAUCAGCUGAGACCUUUGCCUGGAUGGCACAAAAGCCCAACCCUUCAGAUGUCGAACUCAAACCGGAUGGCAGUUCGUCGGAUGGCGAAUCAAGAAGUCAGGGGGCUGCUAGCGACGAAACAGACUCAGGCUCGAGGCAAAGCUACAGUUCCGAGAAUAGCAAUGUCGAAAUCAGCAACGCGGACACCUUCACACGCCAAGAGCGUCGAAGAAAGCUCGAAGAAGAAAAUUUGCAAAGACUAGUGACCUCGGAGAACUUUCUGUCUUUCUUGACUGCCGUCGGAGGCGGUUCGUACUUCAUCACAGGAAAGGCAGGCUCCGGAAAAUCAACACUCAUGAAGUUUCUGGCCAAUCACCAACAGGUAGCCAAAGAUUUAGCAAAUUGGGCAAGCGGAAGAAAGCUCGUUCAAGUUAGUAUGUUCUUCUGGAAUUCCGGCACUACGCUACAGAAAUCAUUGGAAGGCUUUUAUCGCACCAUCUUGUUUCAUACCUUGCGACAGAGCCCUGAGCUUAUCGAGGAUAUCUUCCCUACGUUUACGUGCACCAAUUUGACCGAGUCGAACAAAAAGAGACCUUCGAGUCUCAUUCAAGCCUUUGAUCGAUUAGCUCGAGUCGGAGCGUUUUCAACUCAUGCUUUCUGCUUCUUUAUCGACGGCCUUGACGAAUAUGAAGGUGACACACUGGAACAGAAGGACCUUGCCAUGAAACUAUUUUCAUGGUCGCGGGCCGACAAUGUCAAAACCGUGUGUUCGGGUAGGCCCUAUACGGCAUUUAUAGAUGUCUUCCGAUCGAACAAUCUUUUCGUCAGACUGGAUCAUCUCACUCGGGCAGACAUUCUGAGAUUCGCCAUCUCCCAAUUUGAGGAUAAUCUGAAAGAAGCAACAUUUGAUUGCGUUCGAUCCGCCUGUAUCGAACAGGCGGGAAAGAUCGUGGACAAAGCAGAAGGAGUCUUUCUCUGGGCAAGCCUCGUUGUGAGGUCCUUGCUCAAUGCUGCCUUGGAAUACGAGGACGAAGCCCAUCUUGUCCAACUGCUGAAUGAGUCUCCUACGGACCUCAAUGGCCUCUUCCGGAAAAUGUUGGGUAGCAUUCACAAUUCGGAGUCGCUGAGGCUAAGAUCGAAUUUCAUUUUCGAUCUGGCUGUUCAAUGGUGGACAGAAUAUGACGGGGUCAACGCUCUCACCCUCACGUGGCUCUCUGAGUUCAACUGGUUUCAGACUAGUUCCGAGUUUCCGUUCAACGCACGCAAACUUCCGUAUAAUGAAGAAGAAGUAAACAGAAGAGUCUCUGUUGCACAUCAACAACUUCAUUUGCUGACACGCGGGUUACUGGAAGUUGACAAGUCUAGAGAAAACUUUUACACACCCUUCUUCGUGUCUAGAAUCGGAUUUUUCCAUCGAAGUGUCAAAGACUUCCUUGAGACCGAGUGGCUGCCCAAGUUGGAUUUUAGGCCUCUGGAAUCGAUCCAAGUUCAAGCAGAAGUAUUCUGUCGGCUUAAAUCUGCCGAGGUGAAGUUCGCUCCACAGGCCACCCUUCAGACAUCAAACUCCGCUUACGAUAUCAUCAACAUGUAUAUGAGGCUCCUUAGCACGUUGUCAACAUUCAGAGUGCACUACGGCUACCAGGUGCCUCUGAAAUACAUAGAAGACAUCGAAAAGAGUGGCUGUGGCGAGGUGGCUGAGAACGAGACUGUUUUCUCCACUCCUUCGAAUGCCAGUGGUCCGUUGAUACCAACCUGGACAGCAUGUGCCAUGAUUCAGAGGGCCCAAAUGGUUGAAUCGAUGGAAGCUGAUACACGUGUCCGAAUGUCAUUUUUGCAUAUGGCGACAGUAUAUGGCGAAGAAAACUAUGUUCGCUGGCGCAUAGCCUCGUCGAAUUCGGAUCCGGUUUCAACAAUUGACGCCUCUGACACCAGUAUUCUACUGGCAGCAUAUGUCUCGGGAAAGACUGAUCUUGUACAGUGGCUACACAAGAAAGGUCUUCACCCAGGUAAUUUUAUUAUGUGUGUCGGUCUUUCAAGCAGCCAAGACCGAUACAGAAUUUCUAUCUGGGAAGCCUAUUUAGUCAGGCUUGCAUCUCGCGUCGCAGAACCCGAUUCCAGAUGGGUGGAUCACAUGGAUCCGAAGUCGGUAUUGGAGAGACUAUACCAGGUCUUUGAAUUAGCUCUUCAAGUUGGAGCUGAUCCAUCGAUAAGAAUUAUUGUUGAUCUCAGGAGAGAAGAGUCGCGCGACACCUAUGCAUAUAACGAAUCUGGCAUCAUCUCCAGUCACCACGUCGGGUUAAGUCAGCUGGUUACGAUUCACAAACCUAAGAACGAGGUGACGUUAUUGAGAUUGCUCGCGGAAAAACGUUCGUUCAGUCGUUUCUUCAAAAGAAAGUCAUUUAGAGAGAUCGCAAGGACAUCAAACCCCUCCGUGGAUAACAGACCUCUCAAUAUUGCCUCCUUUCCUACAAUUGACACGGACGAGCUAGCUAGGAGCUUCUGGAGU